UAGUGUUAUUUGUUGAUCACGAGCUUCCCAGGCUCAGUCAAUUGAAGAUCGUUUGUCCGGCUGUGCGAAGUAAAAAUGGGUUCCGAGAAGGAAUUCUGAAGGAAGGGGCUGGAGCCUUUGAUCUUAAGGAAGAUGCUUAAAAUGGAUAAAGGAGGGAGAAAAUCCGCCUGCUUUACAAACUAUAUAAUAGUUAGCUUGUGCCUUCUGCUGGUCCGGUUUGUUCUUUGGAGACCUGUAGAGGCAAGGCCUUUGCUCAGUCCUAAAGAGAGCUGUGAUACUUGUGAAAAGCCUAAUGUUGUGCUGGUGGUGUGCGAUUCUUUUGACGGAAGGCUAACAUUUUCCCCAAAAAAUGAAACUGUAGUUUUGCCUUUUAUAAAUCUCAUGAGGAGACAAGGCAGUCUCUUUCUUAAUGCCUACACCAAUUCUCCCAUUUGCUGUCCAUCCCGUGCAGCCAUGUGGAGUGGCCUUUUCACUCACUUAACGGAGUCCUGGAACAACUUCAAGGGCUUAGAUCCAAAUUAUAGAACAUGGAUGGACCUUAUGGAAAAGAAAGGCUACUACACCAAAAAAUAUGGAAAACUAGAUUAUACUUCUGGACAUCAUUCCUUAAGGUGAGUAAAGAAUGAAAUAUAUCU